AUGCGUUCGCGACGCGGAACUGAAAAAGUUCGCUCGCGGCAGCCGUUCGGACGAGGAUUCUUCGGAUCCGAAACUAUGAAAGUUGAAGAAGAAGCUGAGGAGAAAUCAAGGCCGAUGCUUCGUAGCUCUCCAACAUCAUCAGAGCCUCCUGCGAAGAGGAAAAAUGAGAACAUAUUCGCUGCUGUAAUUAAUACUCUUUUACAUAAAGAUGAAGCUCUUGUCGGACCUCCAACAAAUGUUCGUGUGGAAGCAACAAGCAAUUCGACAGCAGUUGUACAAUGGGAUUUCGAAUCUCAGAAGGCUGACUCAUUUGUCGUCAAGUACAUGCACGAGCCAGGAAAUCGAAUGGAUACCGAGAAAUGGAAGCAGUUGCCAGUUGUGAGCAUUGACAAAGAAAAUCCGAAACGAUUUGCGAUUGUAUCUGAAUUGAAUGCUCAUAAGCCGUAUGCAUUCUGUGUUUUAGCAGUCAAAAACAAUCGACAAGGGCCUUGUUCCGAUCCACCAACUGUUCUUGAAAGUGUCACGCCUACAUUCAUGGUCCAGAAUUUGAGGGUUCGAUGGAAAACGAGCAAUUCAGUGCAGCUGACAUGGGAAUACAACGGACCUCGUAACGUUGGGUUCUAUGUGAAUCACACUGGAAAGAAGGACUACAUGAAUCAUGAACUCCAAGAGAAGACCAUGUCGACACCUGGAUUCGGACAAGAUCUUGACGAGAAGACUCGAGAAUAUCUGUGGACGAAUCUCAGGCCGCAUAUGAUGUACACGAUCCACGUAGGCGUGAGGACUUUGCCGCCUGGUGCUCGGAAGUAUUGGCCUCAAGAAGUGAUAACGGUCACUGAUCCAACUGGACCACCAUUUGUAGAUGUACCUCAAUUGAUGGAUUCAUCUGGAACUCAACCUGGACAACAAAUGAUCAGAUUGACACCAGCCACGGAAGAAUAUGGACCAAUUUCUCAUUAUUGGAUCAUUGUUGUUCCAGCUAAUUAUAGCACGGAAGACGUUGUCAACCUGGAUCCAAUUGAACUUGAGAAGGCAACUGCUGAAAAACGAGCUCAACUUGCAAGAUCUUUGAGUGUAUCUCCAUCGAAAAAGCUGAAACGGAAAGCUGAUUAUACCGAAGAAAGAUCGCAUCCAAAAGAGAAAAGAGCACGCCGUGGAGCUGUUCCAGGAGCCUAUGUCACCGCAAGAUUGAGUGCUGAUCGAGUGAAACAACAUUACCGAAAUAACCAGCCAUUUGUUGUCGGAGACUCACAGUUGUAUGACGGGUUCACCAACUAUCCACUCGAGCACAACAUUCACUAUCGUCUCAUGAUGCGAGCUUUUGCGAAAAAUGACGUACGAGCCAAAGACAGUUUUGAACAACGCGCUCCAAUGAGCGAGAAGCUUUCUCGUAUGUAUUCGGAUUCCCUUCUAACUGAACCAUUCACUAUUAAGUCAGCUCUUCGUGGAGCUUCUCAAAAGUCAUCACCAUGGGUUGGAGCUUGUAUUGCCCUGUUUAUUUUGCUUUCAAUUGUUGGAAUGUUGGUUUGUUGGUGGCUUCGAUGCAACAAGAAAUCAGCUGGAAGGCAUCCAAGACAUGGAUCAAUCACGAAGGUUGCACUCACUGGAAACAUUAUGAAUGGAGGUGGAAUGCCUGGAGAAACGAGUAAAUUACUUUCAACAUCCAAUGAAUACGGCCGGCAGAUUAUGAAUCCUUACGAACAAAUGAAUGGAAAUCAACACAUGGAAUCAUCACUUGACCUGUAUCCCCUCCCAAGAAGCCACUCGAGAACCAAUGGAUAUGCACCUGUUCCAGUCCCUCUACCAUCUCUUCCAAAUAAUGGAAACAAUAUGACUACAGUAUCCCAUCCAGCAGUCCCUAUUGCCGAACUUGCUAAUCAUAUUGAGAGACUUCGAAUGAACAAUAAUGUUGGAUUCCAAACAGAAUUCGAGUCGAUUGAAACUGGACAACACUUCACUUGGGAACACUCAUCGGCUGAAAUGAACAAGGAAAAGAAUCGAUAUGCAAAUGUGGCAGCAUAUGAUCAUACUCGAGUGGUAUUAUCAAAUGUUGAAGGAUACCCUGGAAUGGAUUAUAUCAAUGCAAAUUAUGUGGAUGGAUACGAGAAACAGAGAAGUUACAUCGCCACUCAAGGACCAUUACAGAAUACUUUUGCUGAUUUCUGGAGAAUGGUUUGGGAAGAACAGUCAGUGACGAUAGUGAUGCUGACCAAUCUGGAAGAGAGAAGUAGAACUAAAUGUGAUCAAUAUUGGCCGAGUCGUGGAACAGCAGUUCACGGCGAUAUCGAAGUGACUCUACUCGAAAGUGUUCAUUUAGCUCAUUACACAAUGAGAACGAUGCGGCUGAAAAUGAUCGGAGAGCCAGAGAUUCGAGAGAUCAAACAUCUUCAGUACACUGCCUGGCCAGAUCAUGGAGUUCCAGAUCAUCCAACGCCUUUCUUGAUCUUCUUGAAGAGAGUCAAAACUCUGAAUCCACAGGAUGCAGGACCGAUCAUUUCACAUUGUAGUGCUGGAAUUGGAAGAACUGGAGCAUUCAUUGUGAUUGAUUGUAUGUUGGAGAGAUUACGAUAUGAGAAUACAGUGGAUAUCUAUGGAUGUGUUACAAUGCUUCGAUCACAAAGAAGUUACAUGGUACAGACUGAAGAACAGUACAUUUUCAUUCAUGACGCUGUUCUUGAUGCUGUCAACAGUGGAUCAACUGAAGUACCAGCAAGUCGAUUACAUCAACAUGUUCAAGCACUGAUGCAACCAUCAGUUGAUCAAAUGUCUGGAAUAGAUAUGGAGUUCAGACAUUUGACUACACUGAGAUGGACCAACAAUCGAUGCACUGUCGCUAAUCUUCCAGUCAACCGAAACAAGAACCGAAUGUUGAGUGCAGUACCUUAUGAUUCAAAUCGAGUCAUCAUGCAUAUGAUUCAUGGAAUCGAAGGAUCCGAUUAUAUCAAUGCCUCGUGGAUUGAUGGAUACAAAGAACGUGGAGCAUACAUUGCUGCUCAAGCUCCGACAGACGAAACUGCGGCUGACUUCUGGCGAGCAAUAUGGGAGCACAACUGUCCGAUUGUUGCAAUGUUGGUACAACUAACAGAACGAGGUCAAGAACAGUGCAGUGCUUAUUGGCCACCGGAAGAAGGUGUUACAGUUGGAAACCUGCGUAUCGAGAUGAUGUCUGAAUAUGAUAUGAAGCAUUAUCAUCUUCGAGAAUUCAGGCUUUCUGAUAUUUAUACCCACGAAAUGAGAACAAUCCGUCAGUUCCAAUUCAUGGAAUGGCCAGAAACGGGAAGACCAUACAAAGCUGAUCAUUUCCUUGAUUUUGUCACUCAAGUGCACAACACUUAUGCUCAAUUCGGAUGCACUGGACCCAUCACAGUUCACUGUUGCUCUGGAGCCGGACGCACUGCAGUCUUCAUUGCUCUUUCGAUUAUUCUUGACAGAAUGAGGGCCGAGCAUGUCGUUGACGUUUUCACAACGGUCAAACUGUUGCGAACGGAACGACAAAACAUGAUUCAGGAGCCAGAUCAAUACCACUUUUUGUACCAGGCAGCUUACGAAUAUCUUGCUGCAUACGAUAACUUCUCGUAG